UUCCCUCAUCUCCUUCCGGCCCAUCUCCGCUCUCGCCCCGGAGACCCACGCUCCAGACCGCGUGCGUCCUCGCGCGCGCACGUGCGUGAGUGCGUGCCGCUUUCCCCCGGCCCUCGCCCCGCCGGACCCCACGCGCCGGUUACUGCCCCCCUCCCCGCUGUCAACCCCGUCGGAGAUUACCCCCCUCUCCCCGCGUGCGGGCGGCCGCCAUGUGCUCCCUAGCAACGGGCGUCACCGGCGCCCGGCGCCGGCUGGAGGAGGCCGACGAGGAGGUGCCCGCCUUGUCGGACAGCGGAGACGAGGCGGCCUGGGAGGAGGAGGAGGAAGAGGAGGCGGACGCCCCCCGCGAGAAGCGGCAGACCCCCUGCCUGUUCUGUGACAGGUUAUUCACUUCUGCUGAAGAAACAUUUUCUCACUGUAAGUCUGAACAUCAUUUUGAUAUUGACAACAUGGUCCAUAAACAUGGACUUGAAUUUUAUGGAUAUAUUAAGCUAAUAAAUUUCAUUAGACUUAAGAAUCCAACGUCAGAGUAUUUGAAUUCCUUAUGCAACCCAGUGCCUUGGGAGAAAGAGGAAUAUUUGAAACCAGUAUUAGAAGAUGACCUUUUACUUCAGUUUGAUGUAGAAGAUCUUUAUGAGCCAGUGACAGUCCCAUUCUCAUACCCUAAUGGGCUCAGUGACAACGCAUCUGUUCUUGAACGGUUGAAGCACAUGGAAGCCAGAGCACAGUCUGCUGAAGCAGCAUUAGCUAGAGCCCGGGAAGACCUCCAGAGAAUGAAACAGUUUGCCCAGGAUUUCGUGAUGAACGCAGAUGUCAGAACCAACUCAUCAUCCACCACCACCAUUGCAGACCUUAACGAGGAUGAGGAUGGUGUUUAUUUCAGCUCGUAUGGGCAUUAUGGGAUACACGAAGAGAUGCUAAAGGAUAAAGUACGGACAGAAAGCUAUCGAGAUUUUAUAUACCAAAAUUCACAUAUUUUUAAAGACAAGGUAGUUCUGGAUGUUGGUUGUGGAACUGGGAUUCUUUCUAUGUUUGCGGCUAAAGCUGGUGCAAAAAGGGUCAUUGGAGUUGAUCAAUCAGAAAUUCUUUAUCAGGCAAUGGAUAUUAUAAGGCUAAAUAAACUCGAAGGUACCAUUACCCUAGUCAAAGGAAGAAUUGAAGAAGUUGAUCUACCUGUUGAAAAAGUAGAUGUUAUCAUAUCAGAGUGGAUGGGCUAUUUUCUCCUCUUUGAGUCUAUGUUGGAUUCUGUCAUUUAUGCAAAGGACAAAUACCUGGCAAAGGGAGGAUCAGUCUACCCUGACAUUUGCACAAUCAGCUUAGUGGCAGUGGGAGAUCCAAGCAAGCAUGCAGAUAGGAUUGCUUUCUGGGAUAAUGUCUAUGGCUUCAACAUGUCGUGUAUGAAGAAAGCAGUUCUUCCAGAAGCAGUUGUGGAAGUUUUGGACCCAAAGACAGUUAUUUCAGAACCCUGUGACAUUAAGCAUAUAGAUUGUCAUACUGCCUGUGUCCCUGAUCUCGAGUUUUCUUCAGAUUUCACCCUGAAAAUCACAAAACUGUCCAUGUGUACGGCAAUUGCUGGCUACUUUGAUAUCUUUUUCAAAAAAAACUGCCACAAAAAAGUCUUAUUCUCCACGGGUCCCCACACUACCCAAACUCAUUGGAAGCAAACAGUAUUUCUGCUUGAGAAGCCAUUUUCUGUUAAAGCAGUGCUGGCAAACCUUUGCCCUACUUUGACUUUGGAACAUAACCAAAAUGAGUUCAGAACAAAGUUGGAUAAAAAUAAGAUGGCUGGUCAAGUAAUAAAUGCCCUUUGGGGUCCAAAGUCAGGUGAGGCCUUAAAAGGAAAGAUAACCAUUCAAAAGAACCGGAAGGACCCACGUUCUCUCAUUGUUACUCUUAGAUUGAAUAACUUAACUCAGACCUAUAACCUUCAAUGAAAGUUAUUCUAUGUAUACAGAAGUAAGUGAAGACACAUGAGGUGAAGAAACAUGAGGUGCAAAGGAGUUGAUUCCUUCACAUGGUUGAUGGGUCCUUCACUAAUAAGUAUCUUGAAUAAGAGAAAAGGGGAUCAUAGAUGUUUCAUACAAGAACCAACUGAUUAAUUUCUAAAAUGGGAUCUAUAUAAUCAUGUACUAUCUAAAUCUGACAACAAACUAUCAAACUGUAGCCAGAUAUAUUUCUUGUGCUGUGAAAAUAAUGAAAAUUGAAAUUGAUUUAAAUUUGGAAUAAACGUAGCUGGGAAAAACACAUCAGCUUUCAUCAUGUAAAUUGUAAUUGAAAACAAUUUAAGAGAAAAAUUUUGGUUGCCCAAUUUAACUGAUCCUGUUAUGGAUGGCCCUUAGGGUCAUCAUCUUGUGUCUUCAUAUUGUGAGUGCUCUACUUGGUUAUCUGCUCAAUACUACCUAGUAUGUGUAAAGUUAGAAGCUGUACCUGAAGGUCCAAACUAUUUUCAGAGACUUCGAAGUUUGCAUAUUAUCAUUUGCAAGCCUAAUGACUUUUUCAAAUUAAAUUACAUACUGGCAACAGUUGUAAAGCUUGGUUAAGUAUACAACAGCUAAUGGUAAUAUGUAAUAUUUCACUGCCAGAAGUUGUGCUUCAGUUGUACUUUAAAAUGGGUCCUACAAAGCAGCCCCUUUAACAGAACAGAUUUUAAAGUUAUGUGCCAUGCCUUGCAGAUCAAAAGGUGGGUUUUUCUCAGAACUAAGUAUGCAGGAAGUAUUAUAACAUAGUUCUACCAAAGAAAAUCCUUUUCUUUUAGAUGAAAUUUGGGAACCCCCCCAGCUCCAGCUAUCUACAACCCUUAUCUGCUUUGUGCUAUCCCAGUAAAAUACAUGGAAAUCAGUAUGUUUGUGAAAGAGAGAUUGCAUUCUCUCCAUUAGACUUAGAAAAAAAAUUCUUCAUCAAAGCUUUUAAUCCAGAAGCAACUGAGAAUCAAAGCCUUCCCUCAGUCAUCACUACUACCAAAUAUUACAAAUUUUAACUUCAAAAGAGAAGAAAUUUCCCUUUAAAUGGUAAGGUUAUGAUAAUAAUCACCAGAUACUCAUACCCACAUUCCUUCUAUUUUAUUGGUGCUAGAUUUAACCAGUUUCCUCCUAUCAAACUCUUAAUUCAUCCAGUUUCCAGGAUGCAGCAAUAAAUUUUAGUGUAAGAAUUGAAAACAAUAAGGCUUAAAAUGAUGGUAAUGAUGAUUAUGGAUAUUUAAAAUCCUUAAGAAUUUCUUUUCAAUUGCCUCACAUUGAAUAGAAUGGGCUGACAGGAUCCCACAAGAAAAUACAAUGUAUAGCAGAGAACACAUCAGACACCAUCAGAAUUCUUUUCUUGGAGGUAAGGGCCAAAUUAGUCCAAAACUUUUAUACCUUCCAAAGAAGAAUGCUUCUUCACUGAAUUAAUAGCUAAGAAAUAAUGCAUCCCUCCCAGAGAGUGUUGAAAUGAUUUGCUACCUUUUAAAAGGAUAUAUUCAAAAAAUAUGAAUUUGUCAUUAACCUUAAACACAAUAUCAAAAUGUGGCUAGAUUUCAGAAUGGACAGUGUUAGAAAGCCAUGAGUGACAGUAAAUGUAACUAGUUAAAGGAUUUCCCUUUAUAAAACUCAGCUCUAUUUGCAUGGCUUGUUGACUUGAUAGGUCAAUCAGAUUUCCUUAAUCUUAUUUAGAUAGAAGCCAUAAUUAUUAGACAACAGUUCUUUUUCAUUCUUGUCAAAAAUGACCAUGCAAGGGAAGAAAUUCAUGUAUCCCUCCCUAACCAAGCUGUAACCAGGGCAGGGUUAUUUGCAAUGACAACUCUUGUCACAUGGGUAAGAAUGACUUACAAGCAAGAUUGGUACCAAUGUCCAGGAUCAUACUUUCCUCUCUGCCAGCCCUCCCUCUUCGGGAUAAAAGCUCCCCACAACAGCCAUACAACUGUCCCAGCUUUUUUGCAUGGGCCCUAGACCACCAACCCUAAUUCUCAUUACUGUCAUGCCCCUGCCCCAGAGCUGGCCUUCUCACACCCACGGUGCCUAUGGCCUCCCACUUUCCCCUCCUUCCUGUCCAUUUUCAUUUAGAGCUUGUAAAACCUGAUUUUGUCAGCCAUACCUAUAGGGUGUUGGCAGUACUCUCUGGAAGAGGGGGUGCCCCUUAGUCUCUCCCCUUAAUUGAAUUUUCCCUGGCUGCCUUUGAGUGCCUAGUUACUAGCUCUGUCCUGUAAAUCUAUGGUGUCAAGCUCAAAUAUAUGACAUGAGAGCCACUAAACUAUACAUAAAGAUCCCUGCAGGCCACAUAUUGACUUAGAGAACCACACAUAGUUAUAUAUUUCUCUUUUUAUUAAUACACCAACACAGUAAAAAAGGAACUACAUUUUAAUCUGGUUCUGGUUACAUUCAAGAGUAUUGUGGGCUAUGGGUUUGACACCUCAACUUGAAAGCUAUUUAGCCACACGUUAGUCUUAAAUGCCAGGUCUUGGAAUAAAAUGUUUUUCCUUAAAAUUCUCUGGGACAAAUAAACACAAACAUACUUUGACAAAUACAGUGUCCUUUUCAUUCUAUGAUAAAUGAGAAUUUAUAGUUUAAAAUGUCAUUUUUUCCUCCAUGAGUAUUUUUGGUCUAGUUUCUACAGGGAAAAAGAGCAGUUUUUUAAAAUUUCAUUUUCUAAAAUUUGUGACAGUUGUAAAUUAGUUUUGCUUUAAACCUAUCAGAAUAGAGAAUUCCCUCCACCAAUGAAAAUCAGCAACCUUUCUGUUAUUCAAUAGGCUUAAUGAGGUCCCAGAGGACAGUGAAAGAUUUAGUGUCUAGGAUCACAGGUCUGAUAUUCCUCAAGGACAGGAAGUGAACCUAGAUUACUGUAACUGCAGGGCCAGCUUUCUAUCCACUAUACUAUACUUAUCUGUAAUUAUAAUGCCACAAAUAAAUCCCCAAAAUACAAGGGGAACAGACAAGCUUUUAAAUAGAAAUGUAAGAAAACUAUGUGCAUAUAUACAUGUAAGUGAGUCUAAUUCAUAUGUAAAUAGGGUAGGGACUCUUAAUACCUACCUAGUCCAUUGUUUUAUACUCCCCACACUAUCAAACAAACCCUCUGGUUUCCUCAUCUGAGGAAUGAGAGUUGAACUCUGUUGUCUUUUCUAACUAUAAGAUAAUUUUAUAGUUAGCACUGAGGUUUAAAACUUUUUAUGAAUUAAUAUCCUUUAAUCUUCACUCAACCCAUUCUCUAAAGGUUCUUGGUCCCCAGUCCAAUAAAACUCUUCAACAAUUUA